AGUUUUCAGUCGAGAUUGCCAGUGCUUUUGCAGCUCUUGCCAUUUCACGCCAUGGGUUUUGGAAUCGAGGGCUGCUUGGAGCACUUCUUCGAGUCUGUGGGCCGCAAAGUGGGCAACCAUCCUGUCAAGAGCUUGAUCGGGAGCAUCAUUUUCACCGUCGCCUGCUGCGGCGGCUUCGCCUUUCUGGAAAAUGAGACACGCCCGGAGAAGCAGUGGGUGCCUGCAGGCUCCCUCGCCUUGGAGCACGACGAGUAUGUGAAGGCUACCUGGCCAAGCAAUGCUCGCUUCAACUUCUUCUCGGCGACCUGCGCUGAUGUGGCGGAGGCAGACUGCAACAUCCUGGACCCGAAGUACCUCCAGCGCUUUCACGAGCUGAACGCGCAGAUCAUGAACAUCACCAUCGACGGCACCUCCUUGGUGGCGGACCUGGAUAAGGAUCACAAGCGAUCGGAGGGCGACAACCGGCCAUGGACCAUCUACUCUGGAUCCUGGAGUUUCAGCGGUGAUCCUUCCAGCGUGAACGGCAGUGUGGUCUUCAAUGGCCGCAAGUGCUAUGCCUUUGGCCCUUUCUGCGGCCGAUCUUCGGUCUUGGAUGUGUUCAGGGGUGAUGAUUACGUCAUCCAAAACCUGGACUCCAACCAGAUCAUGCUCGCACUCAACAACUGGGAGGACCAGGAGACCUUCUGCCCUUUGACCUUGGCCACAGCUGAUUCUCCGUGCUACAACAGCACCUGCAAAGCCUACAACACGCCCCAGGAGAGGUACACCUGCCGCGUGGAGGCUACGGAGUACUGCAACCAGAAAUGCCCUACCAACACAAUGAUGGUGAAUGGCGAAGAGGUGACCAUUCCGGUGAACAUCGCUACCUGCCAGGACCGUGGCUGCAUCCAACUGGGCAACCUGGGCUCCAUCAGCACCACGUCAACGUCAGCUCCUGGUGGACAGCUCAACACCGACCCAGGACAGGCGCCCGAGAGCGCCUUCGAGUUCCAGCCGACCAAGAUCGGGACCAUGGUGGGAGGAUUGGUGUCCAACUCCAACUGGAAGUAUGCGGGCGGCAAGCACAUCGCAGGCUUUUGGGCAUUGGACAAGAAUGAGCUGUACUGCCCCAGCGUGGGCCGCACAGACCCAGUGGCGGAUGAGUGGGAGCGACGCGCCUUAUGCAUCAUGGGCGUGGAUGCGGACACCCGCGCCGAGCCCAAGCUGGACUGCAAGGAGGAUGACCUGCUGAAGUUCAGCGGCCUUUUCCAACGAUCUUUGGGCGAUGAGUUUGGCAAUGCCAUUCGCGGUGACAUCGCCAAACUCUCCGCAUCUUACUUUGUGAUCAUUGUCUACUGUGCUAUCAUGAUCGGCAAGAUGGACGCCGUGCACAGCGGCGUGGUGCUGUCCAUGGUGGCGGUGCUCAUCGUGGGCCUGACCAUCGGGUCCACUCUGGGGCUCAUGGGCUACUUCGGGGUGCCCAACGGAAACCUGAACAACAACCUCUACUUCUUGCUUUUGGGUCUUGGCGUUGAUGACGCUUUCGUCCUCAGCUCCGAGUUUGCGCGCCACCUGACCGACACGAGAGCAAAGGGUGAGGACAUCUCAAUUGCGGAGCUGAUUGCUCGCACGGCCCGCACUGGAGGUAUCUCUGUGCUCAUCACCUCCGCCACUGACGCUUUGGCGUUCCUGGUUGGCGCCACCACCGUGCUGCCGGCGCUGGGCUGGUUCUGCACCUACGCAGGCGUGUCCAUUGUCCUGUGCUACACCUUCCAGCUGACAGUGUUCCUUCCCGUCCUGGCAUUGAACGCCCGACGCACUCGCUCAAGCCGCAUGGAUUGCUGCUGCUGCCUCAAGCUCUCAGAGCGGUCCGUGGAAGAGCCACAGGGAUGCUGCUGCUGCUGUUUGCCGCAGAAGGUGCUGAAGGGAGGCUUCAUCCGGAAAGGCUUGGUCAGCUUCACCGAGCAGGCUACAAAGCCGGUGGGCCAGAUUGUGACCUUCAUCAUCUUCGCCAUCAUCACGGGGGUCGGGAUCUAUGGAAGCACUCAGAUCUACAAGGAUUUCAAGCUGGAAUGGUUCAUCCCCGACUCCUCGUAUGUGAACACCUUCUUCAACAUCAAUCGUGAGAACUUCGCCACAGGCACGCCCAUUACUGUGAACUUCCCCAUGUCGCCUGACGUGUACGACCAGCAGAGCAAUCUCUAUGAUAUCUAUGGAUACCUGAACACCAGCAACCUCGUCAAUCACGAUGCGGUGGUGGACAGCUGGCACAUGGAGUUCAUGGAGUGGGCCACCGCCCCGAACCAGGUCGCCACGCUGGAUGACACCUUCUCACCGGCGCGCAGCGACGCGCAGGCUGUCUUUACGGACAAGACGGAGUUCUACACCGCACUGCAUUUCUGGUACCGCAAUUCCGUGGGCUCCCGCUACCGCAACUCCUUGAAGUGGAAUGACCAGGACUGCCAGGUGGACUCCAACAUGGAUAUGCUGCCUGCUGGUUGCGUCCCGACCGAUGGCUUGGCUGCCUCGCGCUUCAACGCGGAGUUGUCCCUGGCGGCCACGGACCGGGGCACCGACCGAUACAUCACCAUGACCUCCAUGCGCGGCGAGGUGGAUCGACUCUACAGAGGUGCCUUCCCAUACAGCUUCGACUUCCUGUACUGGGAAGAGGUGGGCGUCAUUGACGCUGAGCUGAUGAGGAACCUUGCAGUUUGCGGCGGUGUGAUCUUGAUCGUGAUCUUCGCCUUGGUGCCGAAUCCGCGGAUCGCGAUUUGGGUGGUGCUGUGCGUCACCCUGUCUAUUGUCGACACUUUGGGCUACAUGUACUUCUGGGACGUGACCAUCAGCGGUGUGUCCACGAUUUAUGUGCUGAUUUGCGUGGGUCUGGCGGUGGACUACGCAGCGCACAUUGCCCACAUGUUCAAGGAGUCCACUGGCACCGCGCGCGAGCGCGCCAUCGCAUCCAUGGAGCGCAUUGGACCGUGCACCUUCAACGCCGUGGUCUCCACCCUGCUUGCCGUCGUUGUCGUUGGCUUGUCCGAGAGCUACGUCUUCAGGAUUUUCUUCAAGGUGCUUUUCCUGGUGGUGACCAUUGCGGGUGCACACGGCUUGUGGCUCCUGCCCACCAUCCUGUCCCUUGUGGGAGGCUCCAAGGCAGCUCCGGAGUCUGAUUACUCGGAGAAGGCAUCUCGCACCAUUCCGGCGAAUGAGGAGGCCUGAUUUGCCAAUUUAUUGGUAUGAGGAAAGCGGCAAGCGCCAGAACUUUUUGCUCUGCUUGGGGCUGGGGUGAUUGAACAAAGCCCCUUUGGCUACUCUUGGGUGUCGUUUGGGUGUUUGGCCCACGAUGCUAUAGACCCAGAGCAGCUUUCUUCUGUUGUGUUGGCCACUUAUCCUUUAUCUGUUUGUCGGCAACCUGUGCGCCGACCUGUAACCAGUGGCCAGUACGCUUGAUUUUUCCUUGAGUCGCCGAGAAAGGGUCUGGAAGGGGCCAAGACGGAGCAGGCUGUAGCAC